CUUCGGCGAUGAGCGCGAAUUCUGAAAGCUCGACCUCGUCGAACCUCCUAACAACUAGCAACUAGAGUACUCGACAAGGAUAAACACAUUCAAAUUCUCAUAGCUAGCAACUGCCCGUGAGCUUCUGGAUACAUCACCAAGAUGCGGACUACAGAAUACUAUAAACCAGAGGAGCUACCGGAACCAGAGGUCUUGACCAUGAGGCAGAUGCUGGACGAGAUGGAAGAGGUUCAUGUUCUGGCUCCUCUUGUACGGUGUUCUAAGCUUCCUUUCAGGCAUCUGGUAUCGAUGUAUGAGACCCAUGUCACACAUACACCUAUGAUGCUAGCCCCUGAAUUUUCCAGAGCACAAACGGCGAGGAUCAGCGAUUUCGCAUCGAGUCACUCCGAACGAGGGGUCUUUUGGAUGAAACCGAGAAAGACGGGUGGACGGCAAGAAGAGUACGAUGAGCUCGGGCGCUCGAACGCCGAUUCGGGUCUAGAGGCGAAUACCUUCGCUUCCUCAUCUGCAUCAUCAUCAAGAACGACAACGGUGGAUCGAUUUCCGGCUGUCAAAUCCUCCAGAAGAAGCCCAUCGAGCUUGAACCCACCUUCACCUGAUCACCGACUAGUCAGGGGGAAUCUUAUAGCGCAAUUCGCUUCCAACAACGGGAAGUCGUUGGCGGAUGCUUGUGAGAUCAUCAGUGUACUACCCGAGACAACUACAGACGAAGACGAGGACAACGCGAAGACGGGAGGGUUCGUUGGCGAGGAGCAGGCGCCAGUGGAUGAGCCGGUGAGGUCGGAAAGGUUGGUAGACGGGGUGGACCUGAAUUGUGGCUGCCCACAACCAUGGGCCUACUCCGAAGGCAUAGGCUCGGCACUACUACGUAAACCGGACUUAGUGGCGGAUAUGGUCAAACAGGUGCACGCUCGGAUGGGGGACGAUUUCGCUAUCAGCGUGAAGAUUCGGGUCGACGAUAAACCGGAAUUGACAGAGAGGUUGGUCCAGACCGCGAUCCAUGCCAACGUGACCCAUCUGACGAUUCACGGUCGGACCCGCCAUCAACCCUCGACCGCGCCCGUCUCCCUCCCCGGUAUCAGAUUCGCCGUCGAAUGCGCCAAGGGGGAAGUACCGUGCGUAGGGAACGGGGAUAUCUGGGAAUAUGGGGAUGUGGAUGACAUGAGGCGGGUGACGGGGGUCAAGGGCGUAAUGGCGGCGAGGGGUCUUUUGGCCAAUCCUGCAUUAUUCGCCGGCUACUCGAGUACCCCAAAGCACGCCGUUGAGAACUUUGUCGAGUUGGCCACGUCUUACGGCUUGGCAUACAACCUCUUUCAACGGCACGUUUCCUACAUGCUCGAAAGCACAAUGUCAAAGCACGACCGACUCUAUCUGAACAGCCUGGGAUCAUACUCCGGGAUAACGGAUUGGCUCGAAGAUCGAGGCCUGCAGUUCUCGGGCCGAUGUUGAUAUCAAUAUCCAUUAUAAUCUCUCUAUUAUACAUAUUAUGACGAUCGGCCGU